AUGUCCCUUCCAGAAGAAGAAAAGGACGGCAUGUUCGACAGUUUGCGUUCCGCACUCGGCACAUCUGGUUUCCAGGAACUCAUGUCGGAAGCAAGUCGUAAUCACAAAGCGCGAGUUAUUCAAGAGGACUCCGUACGCAUCGCUGCAGGCGGCGAAAAGAUACAGACGGUGGAUGAGUUGCGCAGGACAGAGGUGCCGUUGUACAUGAAAGCUCUGCAGCAAUAUCAUCCUGGAGAUGGCACUUGGGGCUUUGUGGUGUUCAAGACUUGUCGCUAUGAUGACGGUGAGCGAUGGAGUCAGUUCAAAUCCAAAUGGGAUGCUGUGAUUAGUUCGAUGUUUGACGGAGAGUCGAUUGUUGAUGGGAUAGCUGAGGUCAAUCGCCGCUUUACGAUCAAAUGGAUCGAGGAUCCUCAGUUGGAAGGCGCGAGUCCACAGCAAGUGGCAGAACGUUACAGCAACUUCUUCGCUCAAACGGAAGCAGCGAUGCUACCAGAAAUGUACUUGGUCGUGAACGAGGCAUCGCUGCAAUCAUUCUUCGACUCCAAAAUUCUUACUCCGAUUCCAUGGACCUCGGAAACGAUCAUUCCUUACGCUCUUGCGGUUCCAUUGGCUUCCCAAGACGCCGACUCCGAUUAUGGCUCUCAACCAUUCUUCAAUGUUGCCGUGGGUAGUCUCGAUACGCUGUGGGGGGUGAUUGCAAGCAAUUUCCAGCCAUUGAGAGAGCUUAGUGCGGGCAUGCGCGACGACCAGAUCUGGCUUGCGGAUACCGGACUGCGGUUCCAGAUGGGUGGUAUACAGAACACUAUUGGCCGACGAGGAUGA